GAUUGAUCCCUCUCUGCACCUUGCAGGAGUGGGCGGACGUGUGUUGCAGGGGGCUCCGGAGCGUCCAUGCCUACAUCCUGGUCUAUGACAUCUGUUGCUUUGACAGCUUCGAGUACAUCAAAACCAUCCGCCAGCAGAUCCUGGAAACAAGGGUCAUCGGCACUUCGGAGACGCCCAUCAUCAUCGUGGGCAACAAGCGGGACCUGCAGCGGGGCCGG